CCCACCCUUACUCCCCCAUUUCAGCUUUCGAGGUGUUGAUCGGUGUUGAAUGGUUUUAUUUUGGGGAUACACUUGACGAUACUUUGGAUAAUCCUUAUCCAAAUACCUGCAAGAAGCUUACGUGCAAUAGCGACUAGUAUAUUCUGUGCUUUCGUGAAUUGUUUAUUGUUUGUUUUGUCAUCGGUGCUAUUAAUGAUUCACAAUUGUAGUGUAAAGUGCUAGUAAUCUCAAUUUAUCCGAAGUGUUCCGAUGUGACCCACGUUGAAAUGGGUAAUACAUUCAUAACAUAAUUGCGAGUGGUGUUAUGAGUUCAAAGGCAGCGAUAUAUUCAGGUUCAUUGAUACAUCGAGUACCAUUGGACGCAUUCAUGACUGGCACACGAUGAAUCGUGUCAACAAUGCUCGCAUUCGACAUCCUAAACAUCCUAACGUGUACAGGAAACUCCGAUGACCGCCGAGUGAUUCUUUGCUGACUGUGCUUUCUCUUCGGCGCUUUUAGGUUAAAUAUGAUGGCAGAACAAAUAAUGCUUCACGGCUAGGCCCGUGCAAUUCUGCUCCCUGGUUUCGUGACGUCGGAAUGGACGCGAACGGGAACGGGAGAUGCAUUCCUCGUUCCUCGAUAGAUAGAUAUUCUUAUCGGCUACCAGCCAACAGCGAAGAAGGAAACAAGACAGAUCUGGAGUUUAUUUACGAUGACACUGACGUAUAUGCUAAUGAGAUUGCAGAGUUGUAUAGCUAUACAGAACAGUAUGAGUUACAACUUAACCUUAAGGCAUUCGAAGACCAGAUGGAGUGGUACAAGUUACGACCUUGGUGGCAAAACUUGACGAGGCCGCAACAGAAGUCAGUGAUCUACAAGUUGUUGGAUCAACUAGAGAUCUCUAAUAAGCAGCUCAGAAUGAAGGCUGCCCGAUGUAUUCUCUAUUUAGCUCAGGGUUGUUGGGCUGAGGUACAGUCUGACAAGGAACAACAAGACUGGACUAGAACAAACGUAAUGUUACUCUAUGAAGCUGGCAUUUUUCCAGCGUUUGUUGAACUGCUAAACAUUGAGAUUGAAAAUAGCACAACUGCUACCUCAGCGAUGAGAAAGCUAGCUGUUAGCCUUGCUGAUUCGAUAGAUUUAAGAGUCAUUCUGUCCGUUUUGUACAUUAUAACAGAAGUUAUGAGGGAAGAAUUGAAAAAUAUCGAGCAGAGCGAUUAUAAGGACAACGUUGAAGCUUUCAAAGAGGACCUCGUAAAUCCGUACGGAGAAGAGUUACUGAUUGUUAAACUUCUCGGCAUGGUGACGUGCUUCUGCAGCGGCUCAGCGCCACAUUUUCCCAUGAAGAAGGUUCUUCUACUGCUGUGGAAGCUAAUCCUGGUUUCUCUUGGCGGUAGCGAUACGCUCAGGGAGCUGAAGAAGCUGUAUCGCGAGGAGGCCGGCCUCGACGCGCAACAGGAGGACACUAUCGAAGUCGCCAGGACUAUGAGGGCCAGUUCUCCACCCAUGAGCGCGGGGGACCUGAUAGAAACGCAAAAUCAAAAGAGGAACAACCGGCCGUUACGACGGAGUCUAAUGAAACAAAGCUCGUUGGACGACCCAGGCUUGGGUAUGGAAUACGAGGGAGGGGAAUCUGCGAACAAUACCGCAACGAACGAGGGUGACGGCGAACUGAUCGUAUUCCUGGGGCCCGGCGGACCCGGUGGUUGGAAUCAGACUUAUUACGAAGAUCAAAAUAACCAGUCGCAAUUAAGGCCAAGCACUCCGCAGCUUAUAAAGGAAAAGGGUUUACCUUGGACACCCAAGGUGAGACAAAAGGACGUAGACAGCUUCCUGGAGGUGGCGAGACUGAAAUUCGUUGGUUACAAGUUACAAGGCGACAGGGAGAGCUUAGCGGGCUUGCCGCAACCGAUUCACGAAGGCGUCACUACCCUGAAAAAGCACAUGUACACAUCCCUAGCUGAAAUUCAGAUACGGAAGGAGGAGGAGAUAGCGAGGAACCCGAUGAGUACUCCAGAGCCGCCGCUUCGUCAGACACCGACCGAGAUUCUGUAUCAAGCCAUAUUGCCGAAUUUACCACAGUAUAUGAUCGCGUUGCUAAAGAUAUUGUUGGCCGCUGCGCCAACUAGUAAAUCUAAAUCGGACAGUAUUAAUAUCCUGGCUGAUGUAUUGCCGGAAGAAAUGCCAAUGACGGUGCUGCAGUCGAUGAAGCUAGGAAUCGAUGUUAAUCGGCACAAAGAGAUAAUUGUUAAAGCCGUUUCUGCAAUUUUAUUACUGUUACUCAAGCACUUGAAACUGAAUCACAUAUACCAGUUCGAAUUUAUGUCGCAGCAUUUAGUGUUCGCCAAUUGCAUACCUCUCGUAUUGAAGUUUUUAAAUCAGAACAUUAUAGCUUACAUCGAAGCGAAGAAUGUUAUUCCUAUUCUGGACUUCCCCAUGUGUGUGAUCGGCGAUCAACCGGAGUUAACCACCGAGAGCCUCGAGAUCGGUCACAGUCAGACCUUCUCCUGGAGAAACGUCUUCUCUUGCAUCAAUCUGCUAAGAAUUUUGAACAAACUAACCAAGUGGAAACACAGUAGAAUAAUGAUGUUAGUUGUUUUCAAAUCAGCACCUAUUUUAAAACGCACACUGAAGGUCCGGCACGCGAUGAUGCAGUUGUACGUCCUGAAACUGUUGAAGAUGCAAACCAAGUACCUCGGCCGGCAAUGGAGGAAGACGAACAUGAAAACCAUUAGUGUAAUUUACGCGAAGGUUCGUCACCGUUUAAACGACGACUGGGCGUACGGCAAUGAUUUAGAAGCGCGGCCGUGGGACUUUCAAGUCGAGGAGUGCGAACUGCGCACCUGCGUCGAUCAAUUCAACAAUCGGAGAUACUCGAACGCGCCGAGGGACGAGGAACUGGAGCCGGUAGACGCGUCAGUCACAUCGGUGCUCGGCGCGAACGUGGAACUGACGGAGGAGUUCAAGCAGCACUACGAGUUGUGGUUACAGCAGGAGGUAUUUCAGAGGAGCAUCAAUUGGGACGAACUGCUGGAUCCUGCGGCGUGUGAAAUCUAAGUUUUGUUAUAAGUGUGAGGCGCAUAUAGAAAUCGUAUUUUCAUUAAAUCUCACAGACCUCGAAAUGAAAUUUCGACGUUUCUACGAAUUACAUGCCGUUGUGUGAGAAGUGUUCAAAAGGAGGGAAGAAGAAAAGUAGGAAAGAACAUUGCCAUGUCGACACUGCAAACGUUUCCAAGUUGCAUUUGGUAUCGCGGUAAAUGGUCCUAAACUGAGGGAAAGGAAGAUAUUUAACGAAAAGACUAGCGUGUUUUAAUCACGAUUACUUCCGGCGAAACGUGAAUAACGUUUCGGAUUUCUUUUUGUAUUCAAUUCGUGCAAUGUGCAAAUGCUUGUAGUCAUUUCUUUAUCGUUAGAUAUCGCUAAUUUUACGUAAACGUANCUCUCUCUCUCUCUCUCUCUCUCUCUCUCUCUCUCUCUCUCUCUCUCUCGUCGCAAUGAUAGAGAUUUAUCACCCGUUUUAGUCACAAGUACGCUGAUUUUCCCGCCGUUGACGAUCUUGAUUUCCCUAACCUAAGUCACUGUAUACCGUAAGCAUAAUUUACACGUACCAAUACAUCAAAGAUUCGAUUUCCUACAUUUUAUAUGUUUUCUACACGUUCGCGACCCUCUCUGUCAUGAGCGUCUAAUACAAGUGAAUACUCGGAGAGAAUUUUAAUGUACGAGUGCAGAGGCUGUCUUACUUCCUCUCCCGGGGUCUGCACCACUAUUUUAUAAUAUAUAUAUAACUAUUACAUAUAAAUAUUGGCAUGUAUCUUCGGUUCACCACUAAUCAUGACAUCAAUUUGUAUCUAUAUAUUCAUGUAUAGCUGAUCUUAUUGUAUAAGGGAGAGCAGGAUUUUAGGGAGCCGUGAAAUUUAGUGUAAAAUGCAGGAUGAUUGGCUAUCGCUUACCUGGUACGCGUAAAAUAAGGAUUUUUCACAAUAGAUACACAGACACACAUGCGAUACAUUCACACACACACACACGCACACAUAUACACACACAUACACGAUACUUGCAUACAUGGCAAUUCAACUUUCUCUUAUUUAUAGUCAUUGUAAUUGGAUAAUCUCAAAAAUCCUAGUAUUGUAUAAUUUAUGUUAUUAAAUAUCUUGUACAGAAUACGCGAUUGGCAUCAUAUUUAAAUUAUUAAGAUUUAAUAAAACUGAUCUAUAUAA